AUGGCUCCCCUGGCCUUAGUGGGGUUUGCACUCCUCCUGGGGACGCCCCCAUGCUCAGGGGCAGCUACCCCAACCCCCUCCCUGCCGCCUCCCCCCGCCAAUGACAGUGAUACCAGCUCAGGGGGCUGCCAGGGCUCAAACCGCUGCCAGCCGGGGGUCCUGCUGCCCGUUUGGGAGCCCGAUGACCCGUCGCUGGGUGACAAGGCGGCGCGAGCUGUGGUCUACUUCGUGGCCAUGGUUUACAUGUUCCUGGGCGUGUCCAUCAUUGCCGACCGCUUCAUGGCGUCCAUCGAGGUCAUCACGUCAAAGGAGAAGGAGAUCACCAUCACCAAGGCCAACGGUGAGACCAGCGUGGGCACUGUCCGCAUCUGGAACGAGACGGUGUCCAACCUCACACUCAUGGCCCUGGGCUCCUCAGCCCCUGAGAUCCUGCUGUCUGUCAUCGAGGUCUGCGGUCACAACUUCCAGGCGGGCGAGCUGGGCCCGGGCACCAUCGUGGGCAGUGCUGCCUUCAACAUGUUUGUGGUCAUUGCUGUGUGCAUCUACGUCAUCCCAGCCGGUGAGAGCCGCAAGAUCAAGCACUUGAGAGUCUUCUUUGUCACUGCGUCUUGGAGUAUCUUCGCCUACGUCUGGCUUUAUCUCAUCCUUGCCGUCUUUUCCCCGGGUGUGGUCCAGGUGUGGGAGGCGCUGCUGACCCUCGUCUUCUUCCCGGUGUGCGUGGUGUUCGCCUGGAUGGCCGACAAGCGGCUGCUCUUCUACAAGUACGUGUACAAGCGCUACCGCACCGACCCGCGCAGCGGCAUCAUCAUCGGCGCCGAGGGCGACCCCCCCAAGAGCAUCGAGCUGGACGGCACGUUCGUGGGCUCCGAGGUGCCGGGCGAGGUGGGCGGCCUGGGCCCGAGCCCCGCCGAGGCCCGCGAGCUGGACGCCAGCCGCCGCGAGGUCAUCCAGAUCCUCAAGGACCUCAAGCAGAAGCACCCGGACAAGGACCUGGAGCAGCUGGUGGGCAUCGCCAACUACUACGCGCUGCUGCACCAGCAGAAGAGCCGCGCCUUCUACCGCAUCCAGGCCACGCGGCUGAUGACGGGCGCGGGCAACGUGCUGCGGCGACACGCGGUGGACGCGUCGCGCAGGGCCUCCCCCGCCGAGGGCCCCGGCGAGGACGAGGACGACGGCGCCAGCCGCAUCUUCUUCGAGCCCAGCCUCUACCACUGCCUGGAGAACUGUGGCUCGGUGCUGCUGUCGGUCACCUGCCAGGGCGGGGAGGGCAACAGCACCUUCUACGUGGACUACCGCACCGAGGACGGCUCCGCCAAGGCCGGCUCCGACUAUGAGUACAGCGAGGGCACGCUGGUGUUCAAGCCGGGCGAGACACAGAAGGAGCUGCGCAUCGGCAUCAUAGACGACGACAUCUUUGAGGAGGAUGAACACUUCUUCGUGCGGCUGCUGAACCUGCGCGUCGGCGACGCGCAGGGCAUGUUCGAGCCCGACGGCGGCGGGCGGCCCAAGGGACGGCUGGUGGCGCCACUGCUGGCCACCGUCACCAUCCUGGACGACGACCACGCGGGCAUAUUCUCCUUCCAGGACCGCCUGCUGCACGUGAGCGAGUGCAUGGGCACAGUGGACGUGCGCGUCGUGCGCAGCUCGGGCGCGCGGGGCACCGUGCGCCUCCCGUACCGCACGGUGGACGGCACGGCGCGUGGCGGCGGCGUGCACUACGAGGACGCGUGCGGCGAGCUGGAGUUCGGCGACGACGAGACCAUGAAAACUCUUCAGGUAAAGAUAGUUGAUGACGAGGAAUAUGAGAAAAAAGAUAAUUUCUUCAUCGAGCUGGGCCAGCCGCAGUGGCUUAAGCGAGGGAUUUCAGCUCUGCUGCUCAAUCAAGGGGAUGGGGACAGGAAGCUGACAGCCGAGGAGGAGGAGGCUCGGAGGAUAGCGGAGAUGGGCAAGCCAGUUCUUGGGGAAAACUGCAGGCUGGAGGUCAUCAUUGAGGAGUCAUAUGAUUUUAAGAACACGGUGGAUAAACUCAUCAAGAAAACCAACUUGGCUUUGGUGAUUGGGACCCAUUCCUGGAGAGAACAGUUUUUAGAGGCCAUUACGGUGAGCGCAGGGGACGAGGAGGAGGAGGAGGACGGGUCCCGGGAGGAACGGCUGCCUUCCUGCUUUGACUACGUCAUGCACUUCCUGACGGUGUUCUGGAAGGUGCUAUUCGCCUGUGUGCCCCCCACUGAGUACUGCCACGGCUGGGCCUGCUUCGGCGUCUGCAUCCUGGUCAUCGGCCUGCUCACCGCGCUCAUUGGGGACCUGGCCUCCCACUUUGGCUGCACCGUUGGGCUCAAAGACUCUGUCAACGCUGUAGUCUUCGUGGCCCUGGGCACCUCCAUCCCUGACACGUUCGCCAGCAAGGUGGCGGCGCUGCAGGAUCAGUGCGCGGACGCGUCCAUCGGCAACGUGACGGGCUCCAACGCCGUGAACGUGUUCCUGGGCCUGGGCGUGGCCUGGUCGGUGGCCGCCGUGUACUGGGCGGUGCAGGGCCGCCCGUUCGAGGUGCGCACCGGCACGCUGGCCUUCUCCGUCACGCUCUUCACCGUCUUCGCCUUCGUGGGCAUCGCCGUGCUGCUCUACCGGCGCCGGCCGCACAUCGGGGGCGAGCUGGGCGGCCCGCGCGGCCCCAAGCUCGCCACCACCGCGCUCUUCCUGGGCCUCUGGUUCCUCUACAUCCUCUUCGCCAGCCUCGAGGCUUACUGCCACAUCCGGGGCUUCUAG